CUCUGUAUACUUAUGUCUAUCCUCUCCACUGUAUAUAAUAAAUUAUCGACUACUUGUUCGUUCAUUUGAGAAAUACUGUCAGUGAGUUGGGGGUGCACACAAUCAACACACACACAAGAUCUCCUACAGACAAAAUAAACAGACAUAUUCGCGCCAUUUUCGGAUCCGUAUGGAUGCAGGUGAGCAAGUUACUUUCACAAAUUUCUGCUGAUGUUUAUGUUGUCAAUGGAUAACUUAUUGAUGGUUGUCGCAGAUGUUGGCGUCACUCACCCUAGUGUAAACAAUGAGAACAAUCAAACGCUUGACAGCUUCAUGACUAUAGUGCUGUCCUGUGUGUUGUUGGCUGCAGUCCUAACUGUUAUCUUGGCUUUUAUGACAAUAAUACGGGGUAGAUUUCCUGUCAAUCUCUUCAUCGCCUUAUUAGCAGUUAUUUCACUGUCUUUCAGUGCAGCGACACUAUUAGCCAAUCUAGAAUUGUUAUAUGCUAUCAUUGUGUUGACUGUGACCGUUGUGAUAUUCAUAAUGGCGGCGGUCGCGGGUUUCUUAUGUAAGAAUCUAAGCCGUAGAGGAUGGUUCGCGCUUACAUCGAUAUCAGCUGGUUUGUUUGUUAUCGGUGUGAUUACUGCCGGUCUCUCAAGCAUCUAUGUAAGUUUUCUGCAUUUGUGAUCAAUAUUUUAAUGAGCAUAACUUUAAUUGUGACAUAUGUGUCAAAAAUGUUGAAUCAUUUACAUGAAUAUAUUUAAGCAGUUAAACUAUCCUUUGGAAUUCACUUAGCGUAUUAUCAGUGAUCUGUAGAUGAAACGAUGCCUCAGUUAUCCGUAUUGAGUUCAUGUAUUUGACACAAUCUCAAUGUGGUUAAUGCUUCUUGAAUCUUCUUACGAGUCUAUGACGAGUGUAUAUCACACAUGACAAUAGCUUCGAUGUGAAUGUUGAAAAGUCAUACGAAAUUUGAUUCCUCUUCAGAAUUUAUCAUAUUUCAUCGACAUAUAUAUAUAUAUGACUCAGUCUUCCAUGUAGUUAACUUAAUUAACUGUUGAAACAUCCUACUUAAGUGUCAUGCUCUUGGCUACAGAACUGGAAGAAUCAGCGAAAUAACUUGAGUGGAUUGAUCACACUCAGUGGUUUUGAUCCAACUACUUCCUGCUUUCAUUUAUUUCCAGUGAUGUAGGUGGCUUUCUCAAUGUUAAGUAUUGGUAAGUAGUGAUGUUUUAUAUCUUGACACCAGUGAACCAUCAUGCUUGCAAAUGUAUUAGGCCAUCUAGUUGCCUGCAAUUCAUCAAUUCAAUGAUCUCGCUUAUCACUUAAUGACGUGGUUCUGGGACAGUCAUGGACCAUGUUCAUCCUAACUGCACUUAAUUAUUCUGCUGUUUAAGGUAGAAUCAUCAGGACAUGAUUUUGAGUGUUUUGGGGGAAAGCUAACUUAGACUGCACUCCACUGGAUGUGGUACGGAAAUCAGAACCACCAACCAAAUUAGGCUACUACAGAAAUGUCAUGUACUCAUUGUUUCUUCGAAGAAGCAAUGGGUAUCACAAAUUUCAACUGACUAAUCACAAAAAUGGUUGAAGGAAUUGUUGAAAAAACGAAAGUGGUAUUAUUACCUAAGCGAAAAAUCUAUCCCAAAGGGUGUCAAGGUGGAUUGUCUUCACACUGCACCAUGGUUUGUUAAACAAGACCUUCCAUAAAGAGUAAUACAAAGGCGAGGGGCAAGUGAGAAUACUCUUUUCUGUACAACUUUAAAUUAUGAAAUCAGCUCAUGAAAAUAAUAUUUAAUACCAACAUUCAAUUUUUUACUUCAGCCAACACUGGUAGUUGUAGCUGGCGCAUUCUGGAGCGUUGAAUUCAUUCUGGUGAGUGUCAUAUUGCAUAAAAGUGGAAUGAUUAUUUGACUUGUGGAGUGUAGCCAUUCAAGAUGCUUAUCUAGGUGGUCAGUUGAAAGUGGACACCAUUUUGUUUCGUUGAAGUUACAUCUGGUAGGGGUGCUUGUCAUUUCGACUUCUUAUUUUCAAUUAACUUUCACUAAAAUUGGUCAGUGAAGCCUCAAUAUGGGUAAUCAGUUACUGCAAUUUCUAAGAAAUUGAUUCAGUUCAGCAUAAAGUUGUGAUUAUGUUUUCUUGCUCACAAUCCGUUACAAAUAAUUUGAGGUUUUUUGUAGAAUGUUGUAGAUUGAAUGCUAAUAUCUCAAGCAUAGUUAUCUCGUAGCACGUGCUGUUUCAAUAAAGCGUCUUAAAGUUCUCAAUCAGACAUUCCAUUUGAUGCAAUCUCUCAUGCUUAGUAAUAAUUUUGCAGUCAUAUGAUUAAGACACAAAUGUGUUUUAUAGUGAUGGUGAUCAGUAAAUUACUUGGCCUUUUUGGGAUAUCAUUAUCAUCGGAAUUGAGAGAAGCAGGUGGAAACCUGAGGAUGGAAUCUCAUUUCAUAUAUUCACGCCAUGAAAACACACUCACUCCCGUCACGUGGUGAUGCUCAGUGUGGACGCAAAAUGACUUGAAAACAAACGCCUUAUCUUAAUAUCUCAUGUAGACCAGUUGUAAAAAACAGUGCGAGGGAGUUGAUACUGGCUAUCCGUGACGAACGUAAUUUACUGGUGAGAGAGAGAGAGAGAAGAGAGAGACUGCAGGUAUGUGCAUCGUCUCUUGAUUGACCCACUCCUAAGAAAUCGAGAAAUAAUCUACGUCUUCUGUGAACUGCCUGGGACUGUGCAAUACAAGGACUGUGUAUGGAAUAUCAUCAGUUUACAAUGUGACAGGCUAUCUCAAGGGUGAAAUCGGACAUUUCCAUAGGCUUGAAAAUAAAUCGACAUUACACUUACAUCACCAAUGUAUCCUACUCAUGAACGGAAAACAUCGUUGUGAGUGUGCGAAUGUCGAAUAUUCGCUAAGCACACACGCACACACGUUUUGUAGGAGUAGGAGUAUGACAAGUUUUGCAUACAUGUAGAACAUGUGGUAGUAUGUUGGCUGGAGUUUAAAGGAGAACCACUCACUUUUCAGUGAAUCGAUGCAUGCAAUCACCCUUACUUUAUACUAUCAAACUUCUUUUAAUAGUAACAAUGAAAUUCCCUUCUUCAAUUUCCAGGUCAUCUUUAUCACCACGAAGUUCCUGAAAUUUGGGCGUUUCAAUCCAAAUUUUUCUCUUGCAUUAUUCCUGGCAUAUAUACUAUGGUUUGAGGAAAUCGGGCUGUGCUUAUCGAUAUCUCAGUGCUUCAUAUACUUGAAUAUUACACAGAAUAAUUUCAAUUACAAGGAUUAUCAAAGUAUUCUCAUCACUGUCUAUUGACCCUUCACCUUGCCAUUAGGUGGCAGUGUGAGAAUCGAAAUAUUUGUCUUCAGAAAUAACAACUAUUAUUUGUUGUGACAUUACUGAACUACAUGAUUGUAAUGAAGUAUGCAUUGAAUAUGAUCAAUCUCUUCAUUAAUUAUAAGGCGGUUGGAUUAAAAUAUUUGGUCACUCCUUGGUUUCAUUGAGUGAAUUUCAUUCAGUCAUGAUUGUAUGGAUAUUAAUGGAAGUGAUUGUGAUGAAUAGACUAAUUGAAACUUGAUUUUUGC